AUGCCUCUUAUGCCUCCUGCUGAGCCGGACCAGGAACCAAAGAUGAACUGGGCCUCCUUUUAUGCUGUCAUCAGCGGUGUGAACAGACACUCCACAGGCAUCGGUCGCAUCUGGCUCUCGGUCCUGUUCAUUUUCCGUAUCCUGGUUCUGGUGGUUGCGGCGGAGAGCGUGUGGGGCGAUGAGAAGUCCGGAUUCACAUGCAACACCCAGCAGCCGGGCUGCAACAGUGUCUGCUACGACCACUUCUUCCCCAUCUCCCACAUCCGCCUCUGGGCGCUUCAGCUCAUCCUGGUCUCCACCCCUGCCCUGCUGGUCGCCAUGCACGUGGCCCACCGCCGCCACGUCGACAAGAGGCUCUACAAACUGUCGGGGCGGUCCAACCCCAAAGACCUGGAGCAGAUAAAGACCCAGAAGAUGAAAAUCUCAGGGGCUCUGUGGUGGACGUAUGUCAUCAGCCUGAUGUUCCGCAUCGUCUUAGAGGUCACCUUUAUGUAUCUGUUUUAUAUGAUCUACCCUGGUUACAAGAUGAUCCGGCUGGUGAAGUGCGACUCGUACCCCUGUCCCAACACCGUGGACUGCUUCGUGUCGAGGCCCACAGAGAAGACUGUUUUCACCGUGUUCAUGCUGGCUGUAUCGGGGGUUUGUAUUCUGCUCAACAUUGCAGAGGUGAUCUUCUUGGUGGGGAAGGCCUGCAGUAAGCAUCUGCACGCAGCUGGAAACUCGACUGUGGGGGCUUGGAUCCAACAAAAGCUCUGCUCGUACUAA